AUGCAUACCUCGGCUGCUACCCUGCUCACUCUUUUGAUUCCCGCUACUCUCGCGAUCCCUAGAAUCCUCACUCAGAACUCGGGCAUCGAUGCCUCAAUGAUCCCUUCCGAGGUCCUCUACUACUACCGAUACCACCACAUCCCACUGGACGUCUACAUCGAUGGACUCACAAAUGAUAUGCUCCUCGACGAGGACCAGGAUGCAGUGACCAAAGCUAUCAACGAGAUGGCCUGCGGCCCCAAUAAACUCAAUACCUGCCCCUCUCUCCAAUGGUAUUGCAACCCAGACAUGGGCAGGUGCAACAUCAAAAAGCUCAUUGGAGAGAUGUGCGACUCGGACAAUUCCUGCUUCUCCGGAAACUGCCGUUCCAGAUGCAUGAAGCCCGAUGGCCAGUUCGGUGCUAGAUGUAUAGAUGAUACUCGUUGCGCUCCGGGACUGGUCUGUCGCUACGGCUUGUACAAUCGAGAUCAUAGACAGUGCCUCAACAAGAGGAACAGGAUUUAUGGUGUCUCGUGCACUGACAAUAAUGACUGCGAGAAUCCACUGGUCUGCAAUGAGGUCACCAUCGGAGGGGCGAGGAAUAUCUGCAGUCUGCAGGAAGAUCUCACUGGUUCCGUUACGUGCAUCAAUAAUGGCGAACUCUGUGGAGCGGAUAGUCAGUGCUGUUCGAAUAAGUGCCAAGUCACAGCCACCAGCCGUAUGCCACGGUGCAUGGCUUAA